AUUAUCAAGUACGAAUGUAAUCAACAUCCCCUAUCUCAAUGACAGCCACCUAUCUCCCCUCUCAUUAUCAUGGAGCUCCGCACGUCCAGCCCGAUGCGGGUCAGUCCGGCAGUUAACCACACAGAGUUUGCUCCGGCUUGAUGCUACCCCAUCUUUUCUAUCUAACUCUCUCUCUCCCAUUACCCCUCCAAUCGCUCUAUAUUCCAUAUUCCAAUUACUACUGUACAUCAAAUACAAACUACCAUGGAGACCGACGCCGGAUUCAUUGCUGCUGUGGAAGAAGCCAAGCAAGGCGCUGCUGAGGGUGGUGUGCCCAUUGGAGCUUGUUUGGUCUCCAAGGAUGGCAAGAUUCUAGGCCGCGGUCACAAUAUGCGCGUCCAGAAGGGUAGUCCGGUGUUGCAUGCUGAGAUGUCCGCGCUCGAGAACUCCGGUCGUUUGCCCGCUUCGGCCUACGAGGGCGCUACAAUGUACACCACCCUGUCGCCGUGCGACAUGUGCACCGGUGCUUGCAUCCUCUACAAGGUUAAGCGCGUUGUUGUGGGUGAGAACAAGAGCUUCAUGGGUGGUGAGGACUACCUUAAGAGCCGCGGGAAGGAGGUUGUGGUUUUGGACAACGCAGAGUGUAAGCAGUUGAUGGAGAAGUUUAUGAAGGAGAAGCCGGAGCUUUGGAACGAGGACAUUUCCGUCUGAGCUUUUGAAUUUCGUGAAGGUGUCAACGAUAUUGCUGGCUAGGCUCUCAUGUACAUAAUCAAGAAUUGGAAGCUAUUUCUGGUCGCAUUGAG